UAAUCCCCCUCAACACAACACACUCCAUCAGACACGCAGAAAUGAACUGACCGGAGCUCCAGGACUAUAUUUAAAACACUGCGUGUCCGAAAGGGCACAGCUGCAGGCAGAGCAAAACAUUUGCAGGAAUGAUACUGGACUACUGCCAGACAUCAAAAUCUUGGUGCAUAGCCUGCACAUGGAGCAAAAGCGACGCUGAGAGACUGCGGUUUACGCCGGAAAAGCGUUCGGCAAGCAGCCUGAUGGAAGAGGAGACUGCGCGUUGUUUACACUGAAACGCGCUAAACGCAUAACAGAAACGAGCGGCAAUGUUUCCCUGCAUCUGUUUUCUUAAUCCGACGCAUCUGAAGUGAGGCAGAGAUGAUGCGACGCGCGCGCUGAGCUUUAUGAUGCACCGGAGCAGCCUCCUGCCCAAUUUUCUUUUAUAAACUGUUUUUUGCUCCUUAUUUAAUGUACAUUCGCUGCAGUCAAGCUGAAGCCUUAUGAGGAGCAUGAAAGCGUCGGCAUUUGUCGUGGUCAUGUCCUCGGUUUUAUUUAAUCCCAGUUUUGCCUUCAGUUCGCAUUUCGACCCAGGUGGCUCUCCGCUGAGUGAGCUGUCAUGGCCGUCGUCUCUCGCAGUGGUGGCCGUCUCUUUCUCUGGCCUCUUCACGUUUGUCUUCCUCAUGCUCGCCUGCCUGUGCUGCAAGAAAGGGGACAUCAGCUUCAAGGAGUUUGAAAAUACGGAGGGCGAGGAGGGCCAUGCUGAUCUCUCCACUUUAGCGUCUCCGACUUCUCAGAAUGACCCAGAAGUCUAUAUCCUGCCCCUCACAGAGGUCUCGCUGCCCGUGUCCAAACAGCCCAGCAAAUCAUUUCAGCUCCUGAAAUCUACAGAUCUUGGACGUCACAGCCUGCUCUACAUAAAAGAAAUGGGACACGGCUGGUUUGGAAAGGUUUUGCUGGGGGAGGUGAAUGCUGGACUCAGCACCACACAGGUGGUGGUUAAGGAACUAAAGGCCAGUGCCAGUGUACAGGAGCAGAUGCAGUUCCUGGAAGAGGUCCAACCUUACCGGGUGCUCCAGCAUCCAGCCCUCCUGCAGUGUCUAUCCCAGAGUACAGAAGUCACGCCCUACCUACUGGUAAUGGAGCACUGCCCUCUGGGAGAUGUUAAAGGAUACCUCCGAAGCUGUCGGGCUGCUGACUCAGUGACUCCUGACCCUUUAAUCCUUCAGCGGAUGGCGUGCGAGAUUGCUUCUGGCCUUCUGUACCUCCACAAACACAAUUACAUUCACAGUGACCUGGCGCUUAGAAAUUGUCUGUUGACCUCAGAGCUGGCAGUGAGAAUCGGAGACUAUGGGCUCAGCCAUAGCAAGUACAAGGAUGACUAUUAUGUGACGGCAGAUCAAAUAUGGGUUCCUCUACGCUGGAUUGCACCAGAACUUAUUGAUGAAGUCCAUGGAAAUCUCUUAGUAGUGGAUCAAACCAAGGCCAGCAAUGUCUGGUCACUAGGUGUGACGAUAUGGGAGUUGUUUGAACUUGGUAAUCAGCCUUACAGGCACUAUUCUGAUAGGCAAGUUUUAACCUAUGCUGUAAAGGAACAGCAGCUCAAACUGCCAAAGCCCCUGCUGAAAGUGCCUCUGUGUGAACGCUGGUAUGAGGUCAUGCAGUUCUGUUGGCUGCAGCCUGAGCAAAGGCCUGUUGUGGAGGAAGUCCAUCUUCUGCUAAGCUACCUGUGUUCUAAGGGUGAGACAGAGGUUGAGGAAGACUUCGAGAAGCGCUGGAACUCUCUCAGGCCAAGUCUGGGCUCCGGCAGCUCUCACAGGACACCUGCACCUGAAGUAGCCUCUUCAGCUUCCUCUUCAUUUCCUCUACUUGAACACUUCUCCAUGGCAGACAGCUUCCAAUCUGAGAAUGGGGAUGAUAUUUUAACAGUAACUGAGACCAGCCAGGGGCUCAACUUUGAGUAUAAAUGGGAGCAGGCACGAGCUGAGCCGCCCUACUGCUCCACUUCCGCCAGUGGACCAUUGGGAAAGAAUAAUCCCCAUUACCAGGAUGUUUAUUACCCUCUUUGCAAUUCCACAGGUAGCUGCAAGGGUGAAAGACUCCCUCUUGGGGUCUCUCCAUCCUACUAUGAGUCAGAUCAUCCAGGAGUGGUCCCAGUACUGAGUGCACACAGCCCCUCAGUAAGUAGUGAAUACUACAUCCGCAUUGAGGAGCCAGUUGAGUGCAACAUCAACUUAGAAGACACAGAUCUUGAUUAUAGCCCAACAGUUGAAGCCAGUAACAGCAGCUUGUCCUCUGCAGGCAAGAGGAGUCUGAUUGGGUCUCAGCCAAACUCAUACUGGUCUGCUGCUAAAGAACCCAUCAGUAAUGAUUAUGAUUCAGAUAGCAGCCUAACCAUGGAGCCACUCCAAAGAAGAGUUCCAAGUUCAGUAGAGAUAGACCAGACAGAAGCAUAUUUGUCUUCCAAUGACAGGCAACAUUUUCAAUGUGAACAGUCACCUCAAGAAGGGUCAGAUGUUAAUUUGAUAAGAAGGCAGGGUUCCGAUUCAAACCUGCAGAGAAGAGGGUCAGGUACCCAUAGCUUGGAGGUGGUUAAGGACAGCCCUCUUGGCAUUUCAGUCUCACUUAGUAGUCCCAGCUUGGCACAUUGUGAUCCAUACCUUGAACCUAACCAGAGAACUGCAGAAAGUAGGGCAAAUGAGGCCUAUUAUGACAUGAUGAGCCCUUUACAAAAAAAUGUGCCUAGACCCCACUAUAUGAGCAUUGAUAUUGAUGCCGGUGAUGGUCUUCUUUUGGGCAGGGGGAGUGUGGAAGAUGAUGAUGAUCUGUUUUCUCAAAACAUGUUAAGCAACUGGAAUUCCAACCACUCAGCAAACAACAACAGUUUUAGUGACCGUAAGCAAGCUGUGGGUUUUCAAGAUGCAUAUUUUGAUUUACGUCACCCAACACCCUCCUCCCAAAUUGGGAGUUUGAAAUCAAGAACACUGAAAAUAAGCAACAGUUGCACAUACAAUUCCAUCAAUUCUCUGAAAGUCCACUCAUACAUGGAGGCCACUGACAGUACACCCACCUCCAGCAACUCUCACACUGACUCAGAUGCUGGUGAGUACCUGUACUUAUGCCCUGAAGGUACUCUGGGUGUUGAAUCAUCUACCAAAUGUCAUUCUGUUAUAGAAAGUCCACACAUUCAUACACGGCAGAAAAACAUUGCUCAUAAACAUAUCAAAAACAGUACAUCAGAUGUACACGUAGGGGGUUGCAGCAUAAUCUAUCCAUCAACUCUUUCAACUGAGAUUGUAGGUGUUAAAGAAAACAUGUUAGUUGAGACAAGGAUAUCCCCGGCUCAAAAAUUAAAUCUUGCAACCGAUGGUUUUGGAGUGUGUGUAAAAACGGUGUCAUGCCCAAAGGAUACAUCUAAGAGUGUCUUAGAGUGUGACCAUUUGACAGACAGUGGCAUGGUACCUGAGAACUCUAGUAUCAGUUUGGUGGAAAUUAAUGACUGUAGUGAUGACUGCCCCGAUAUCCCCUCUGGAGUAUUAGUAGAUUAUCCCUUGGACUAUGCAGAGGUAGGCAAUAUUGAUCUAACUCAUAGACCACUGCAGAGAGUAAACAGGCCUAGACACUCAGAGGACACAAAUAAUAUUGCCUCUAGCUGCAGUCCAUGUGAGGCCUUCAGCCCAGAUAGUUACCAGACCCCAAUUCAGCCAAAAUCCCUAGACAGUGGCUAUGACACAGAGAACAAUGAAUCCCCAGAGUUUAUAAUAAAAGACCUUGAAGGGAAUCCAACCCUUAGCACCAGUGUAGAAUCAGAUGAGUGUGACAUGGUGCUCCAGAUGGACUUGGAUGAAGAUGUCAAUGUAAUGCUUCUUCAUCCAUCCAGCCGUCAUCUACCGCUGAUCAGCCUUGCUGAGAGGAAUCAGUACAGAGACUCUGCUUAUUUUUCUGACUAUGACAUGGAGAAUGACAAAAGCCCUUGUGAAGGAAGCAGCAACUUCUUCAGUCGUCAAGAGAAGGACGACGUCUUUCAGCUUAAAGCAGAAAAACAGGACUCAGAAAAGAGAGUUAGAAGAGAAGGACAUGGCACAGAGAGUGAAAAUGGAUAUAACAUCUCCAUGUCAAAGGACAAAAUUGCUGGACUUCAUGCUAAGCAGCCAAGCAUUAAAAAGACAAUCUCAAAUAUGUGUUCAUCCCCUACAAUGGUUCCAAUGAUUUCCAUGCUUUCCCCCUUUCCUCCAGAGAUGGGGGGUUGUUUGACCAAGGAGUCAACUCCAGAUGAUGGUAUUGGAUUGGAAUCUGAUCACUCUGGUGAAGAACCAAACUCUGAAUGUUACUCUUCCACAACCCCUGAAGGGUCUUCCUCAACACAGGAGGCAUCAGGUAUGGAGGAGCAGGCAAAUGGAGACUCAAGAGAUUUUUCCUCAGCAGAGUCCCUAGGCUCAGACUCUACCAUAGUAGACUUCAGUGGAGAAAUUAUACAAGAGGAAGAGCAAGAAGUCUGCAACAAUGUGGACAAUCCAGAGCUUCCAAUGGAAGGACACAAUGAGGAUAAUAUAGAGGUAAAUGAGGAUUCCAUGGAAGAAGGCAGCAUAGAACAAGCACUUUCAAAACCAAGGCGUGAUGAAUCUUUAGAGAAGAUUCUUCCAGCUUUGCCAGAGGAUCUUGAUGUCCCAGCACCACUGGGGAACGUAGAGGAGGCAGAUGAGGAAGAUUCAGAAGACAGUGAUGAGUCUGAUGAGGAACUUCGUAGCUACAACAUACAGGAACAGAGUGAUGAGAGUGACGAAGAGUUCCCUGUGGUUCCUGUCAUUGUGAGUGACCGUAGCAGUGCACGGCAUCUACGCAGCCUCCUCAAAAUGCCUUCCAUACUUACACAGUCCUUCUGUGAUGAGUUGGAGAGUAAGAAAAAGGCAGUGUCGUUCUUUGAUGAUGUCACUGUGUUUCUGUUUGACCAGGAGAGCCCCACGGGUGAGCUCGGGGACUACAGUUUUCCUGUGGAGGUAGAACCCAAUGGUCAGGCUUCAGAUGUGGAGCUGCCACGACCACAAGAUGGGAUAACUUCUCACGAGGAUUCAUCAGAAAGAAAUGCCUCAGAAGAAAGUGAUACAUUUCAGUGGCAAGAUGAUUUUCCAUUAAUGCCCAGUCCUUCAACAUCAGAGCCUGGCUCAGAAGAGACCACCACUCCACCUAACUCUCCAGUCAAGUCUCCAGAUGAAAAACCAGCACCACCACUUUCUCGAUUUAGUGUCUCUCGUUUUUCCAUCACGCAUGUGUCUGACCCGGACAUGGAUUCCAUGGGAGGUAACAGUGAGAAUGGAGCCCAGGAGUGAAAGGGCCAUUAUCCAUUUAAUUGAAGAGGUGUUAAGAACCUUUGUGGUUUGACUCGGUCUUAUCAAACUGAAGGUUAUUCUGUAUUUUUUUUAUGUUCUGGACAAAAAGAAGUCCUGUUAACCUGAUAUGCUGUUUGGUCACAGUGCCUCAUCCUGUAGUGGAUUAGCCAGCCCCUCCUUUGUGUUCCUAGACAGAUGGUGGUUGAGUGACAGUCUUUUGAGGACAACAGUUUAAAGAACAGAGAUCUGUACAACGCAGCAUAUUUAUUAUCUAUGUAUCAAAAACAUGAUGUAUGAAGAUUAUAACUUAUUUGCACAAUUCAGUAUCCGUGUCAUGCUGAAAUCAUUCUUUUUUUGCACAUAACCCGUAGGAAACAAUAUAGAUAUAAGACUGCUCUCCUCAUCUGCUUGUCAUCCUCCAUAUUGUCAGUAUGUGGUUUAGAGUCUGAGAUACUUGUCAUAGUGCUUUAUGUGUUUCAGGUUGACCCAAUGAGCUGCAUAUAAUAACAGUUAUAAAAUGUUCCGCCCAAUAAAAUAAAGUCCCCGAUUUAAAUGAAUGGUAUUGAGCCAGAUAAGAGAUAUCUUCUCUAACUGACCACUUUUGACUAAACUUUAGCUCAGGGGUGUCAAGGGGUUGGUUCUAAAUUAGGUUAUUUUAACAACCAACACACUUUAAAGUACUCAUACUGUCUUAUGUUUUGCUUUUUUUAUGUACAAUGUACAAAAGCACUUUCAUUGUGUGAAACAAAUAUCGUUUAUACAUCUCUUUCCUUAUAAUCAAAAACUCAAAUCAAUAUAUUGUUUAGGUGCAGUUUAAUCAUUAGCAGGUUAGUUCUUCUCCUGUCAGAUCUUAAGAUCCCUAGAUUUCUAUGUAAAUUUCAGGAAUAUUUUAAAGAAUGAAGUGACACAUUGCAGUACUUGUUUGUUCAGAAAAGUAAAGACAGUAUUCAAGGAGAACAGGCAGCAAACUAACAUUCUAUUAUGACAGCUUACAUACAGUUUAGUUUGCACAUGGGUUAUUCCUGUUAUGCAGCCAUUGCAACUACUACAAAAUAACAAUAUUAAAAUAAUGAAAUCAGAAAUAUGAGACACAUUCUGGGUAUUCUCAAGUCAGUGUCUUCAGGUGAGAAGUUUUUUUGUUCAUUUAGAAAAAUACACCCAAAUUUCGCAUCUCAAAAUCAAUCAUUAUUGGUCACUAGGGAUGUAACGGUUCACCUGACUCAUGAUUCGAUAUGAUUCAUAAUGCUAAUCUCAUGACUCAUGAUUUAGUCAUGAUUUUUAACAAAAAAUUUGUAAACAAAUUUAAGAUGAAUAGCCUUUAAAUUUUUUUCUUAAAUGCUACACAUUUUUUUGCAAAAUAAUUUAUUUUCUGCCAUAACUAAAUUGCUAUUUUAAAAACAAAAAAAAUUAUAAAAUAAAUAAAUAAAAAGUUCAUUAUAAAAUAACUAAUUAUAAACUAGAAUAGAGACAGGAGUUGAACAUGAUUAUAAAGGUGAAUAAUUAAUAUUACUUGUAUAAUUAGUAUAAGUAUCAGUGUGAUACACUUAAGAAGAGAUAAUCUUCAACAUUUUUAAAUAUUCAAUAAUAAUAAGCAAAUUAUUAAAAUAUGCAUAAACUAAUUUGAAAUGGAGAGGGGGUAAAAUAAUCUAAUACCUGCUUCUGUAACAGAACAACUUAAUCUUUCAGUCUGAAAAACAUCUUCACACUUUCAGAAUCAGAAUCAAAAAGAGCUUUAUUGCCAGGUAUGUUCACACAUACUAGGAAUUUGUUUUCGUGACAGAGCUUCUACAGUGCAACAGCAUUACAGAGACAGGACAAAAAACAGAUAAUAAAUAUAUUUUAGAAAAUAGAAGUGAGUAGUGAGUGCAAAUAUUUCGCUAUGAGAAUACUGAUGCACCGUAUAAUCUCUGUAGCACUCGGAGUAAGCGCAGCUACAAAUCAUCCAAUCCGCGUGGUUUGGCUUAUUAAUCGUUUUUUUUAGCAUAUAGACGUCGGUGACAAUAGUUUUUCACAGUGCUAGCUGUUAAUGUGCAUCAUGUUUGUUGUUGUUAGUGUAAGUAAACAAGCAUUUGCACAGUUUAUGUUUUGUCUGGCGCACUUUAAUCGCUGUCAUUUUACUCUGCCGCCCCACCUCUUCCUCGCCGCUGAUGUGCAGGAAAAGUGACUUUGUGCCUGUAAACAGCACCCCCUCUGUUAAAAAAAAAUUAUCAUGAUUCGUUCAACAUUUGUUCCGAUUUGAAUAGUCACAUAUUUGAAUCGAUUUUCAACCAGCUCACUGUGAAUCGUUACAUCCCUAUUGGUCACUGACACCAAACUUUAUAUAAUGCUUAAAUGACAGCAAUUUUUAUAUGUUAGCAAGAUUUCAGUUAUGAAUAUAAAUCAUUAGAGAUGGAUUUACCCCAAAUAAAUCAUUUACUUACCCUCAGGCCAUCCAAGAUGUUGGUGACUUUUAUCUUCAGUUGAACGUUAAGUGAUUUUUAGCUGAAACCAUUGUUCUUGGUGAUUCAUAAAAUGUGAGUCAAUGGCUACCUGUGCUUCAAGUCAUUGAGCUAUUGGAAGCUAUACAAUUGACCUGUGCAGGAAAUUGAACAUUAUUUACAUUAUCUAGUUUUGGUUAACAGUGCUUAAGGCAGUCUGGAGUGCAAGCUUUCUAAUGCGUAAUACCACAAGAGCAAAUGCCAACUCACAUUUGAGCUGCUUUUUGUUAUCUUAUAAUGGAAAGUAUGUGCAUGUACAUUUACUCAUUUAGGGGCCGAUCACAUUAAACGCGCUUUUCUGUUCCUAAAACAUGAGGUGCACCACACUGCCUUUUUUGUUGACAAGACUUUUUAUGUCACUAGGCAAAGGGUGAAUCAGCUGGGUAUUGUGUGCGAGUGUUGCUGUUGAUAUUAAUAUAAUUUUAAUGUUUAAUAAUAUUGUGAUAUUCAAGAUUUGUGAUUUAUACAGCAUCGGAUAACUCAAAACAGUAACCACAAGUCUCUCCUCAAUCUUCAAAAAUCUUCGUUAUUGUCUUGACAACACAAACACUGCAGGCACCCCCACGGAAACCCCGCAACUGCUUAUAUUUGAUUGGAGAAUUAAAAAGGUGCGACUGACGUAACACGCUUUUUCUGCUCAGAGUUGACUUUUUUCAAAUGCGAGUGCACAGCGCCAGUGUUGCCAACUUAGCAAAUUUGUUGCUAUAUUUACUGACUUUUUAGACCCCCCUAGGGCACAUUUUGAAAAAAGCGACUAGCGACAAAUCUAGCGACUUUUUGUGUUACUGUAGAUUUUAAUAGACUCUCAUGUGUCUGUACUGUACUGUUCCUAUUCUUCUCAACAAGCUGAUGCCGUUGGCCCCUACCCUGCCUCAGAGCACUCAAAGGCAGCCCAGUUUGUCCUUGUACAGCAGUCUCUCCCACUUACAGGCUGAGAGCAGAUCACCCCUCUGCGUGCCGACGGCAAAUGAUUAGCACUGCGAGUGUGUGGUAUUUCCCUUGUACAGUCAAACAAAUCUGCUUCUUUAUUUUAACAAUUUGAUUUGACCAUUUAAUAUUUUCUUAUUCACAGUCACAGAUAUUUUAGUGACAGUUUCGGAACUUGUCUGAGUUUAUUAUGUCUAAAAGAUUACUGCAAAUUCACUACACAUCUGUACUGAUAUACUGUAUUCAAACAGCAAUAAAUGUAGUUAAAUUGACAUGCUUGCAUAGUGCAAGUAUAAAUACCCCUUUAUUAACCAUAGGCUGUUAAACAAACAGAAACGGUAGAAGGUGAUGUCAGUAAAAAAAGCGCGUUCAAGUGAUCGGGCUGAGACACUUAGCAGACACUUUUAUCACAAAAUAUAUGUUGUAUUUUUCCAUCAAAAUUGGAUGCAUAUGUGUUUAUACAUGCAUGAUCUCAAUUGGGAAAACAUAUAACAACAUGUAUUAAUUUAAACACCCUCAUUUGUAAAUUUUACUGUAAUUUGCUCAUCCCCCAAUGAGGGGUAGGGUAAGAAGCAGGUUUUGGAGGCAUGCGUGUCUUUAAAAAUAAUACAUAUUUAUACAAAUUAAAUGGUAUGCAUUCAUCUGAAUUGGAAUACUUUUCCGACAACACGUAAAAUAGUUAUGUUUCCUCGAGAGAUCAGAAAUGGAAUGGCUGCACUCCAGACUCAUAAAAAAAAAACAAUAGCUAAAUAUUUUAUCCAUUAUGACAUAAUGCAAUGGUGACAUGAAAAUGCAUAGCGUAACAGGAAAGACCCUGACAGAAGUGAUGGUUGACAUUUAUUGGUGUUUGUCAGGAAUUCCAUCACAACACGUCUUGAGAAUGAAUAAGAUUUUAUUGUUGUUAACAAUUUCAGACAUGAGCAAACAAAACCAGCAGGUUAUUGUAGUGUGAUAGUCAAAGACAAAACCAAGUUAAAGUCUGCAUGAACAGGAAGUUUUUUAAGACUUUUAUUUCAGUAUUUUGAUGUAUUUAAAGCUUAAUAUUGAGUAGGGGCAGGGCCUUCUUUUUUUUUUGCGAAUUAUUCCCUCAUAGCAAACUAACAGUAAGAGUGGUUAAGAAUAUUUUGACUGAAGCUGAUUUUGACGUCAACAGAGAAGGACCGUUACUCUAAAUGUAGAUAGUCAAAAUUUGAUUGAAGAUUACCUAAACAAACUUAUUUUUUUCGUCAGGGGAUUAGUUUGCACAAGUUAAUUAAUCACCUGAAGAAUAACAAUGCGCGCUAACAAAAUCAAUGUUGUAAAUUUUGAUUUCACACAGACUUUAGAGGAAGAGUGACCCUCUCGUCUGGGAACAAAGCGUGUUACAAAAAGCAAUGGCAGCUCCUGCAGAUCUGAUCCUCCGUCUGUGAUGAUGCCUUGUCUCAGAAGUGUUAUUUUUGUUAGAUCCAAUCCAAAUAGAUGUACUACAAAAUCCAGAAGGUCCAGACGGCAUGUGGGCCCCAUGUAUAUUUCUAUAUUUUGUCUUUUGUCCCUAAAUGAUGAGGUGUUACACGGGAAAAAAGCUGUUUUACACGAUUAUCUGUUUAAAUGUAACGUACAGAUGUACCCAUCAUGCUCUGCCUUGAAUCACUGGAGCCCAUACACAUUUGUGCCAAUGCUGUAAGUCACAAUCACUGCACUGUACCCUCGCUUUCUCGCUGUAUGCCUUUCAAGAGUUUUAUACUGUGCUAAACCUUGCGGCAGUAGGUACUGUUUCUCAUUCAGGGCAUCAGCGCUUCAUUCCAUUGGUUAUGGCUGUCAGAGAGAGCUGAAAUUUGAGUGAACUGAAUGUUGUAGUGUCCAAGAGAGAAGUCUAUGGUUAUUGCCUCAUAGCUGUCGACCGUAUGUCCUCAUGACUCAUGCCUACUGUACUAUAAUAAAAAUAAACCAAACUAUAGUUUG